GAGGGGGAGCCAGGCCUCAGGGCUCCUGAGAUCGUCACCAUGGGGGAGAACGACCCUCCUGCCGCGGAGGCCCCCUUCUCCUUCCGCUCCCUGUUUGGCUUGGACCAGCUGAAGAUCAGCCCGGUGGUGCCAGACGCUGACGCCGUGGCCGCCCAGCUGCUGUCUGUGCUGCCCCUCAAGCUCUUCCCCGUGCUGGUCAUUGGGGUCAUCGCGCUGACCGUGGCUCUGGCCGUGGGGCUGGGUGUCCACUUCGACUGCUCGGGGAGGUUCCGCUGCAGCUCCUCCUUCAAGUGCAUCGAGCUGACCGCGCGCUGUGACGGCGUCCCCGACUGCAGGGAUGGGGAGGACGAGUUCCGCUGUGUCCGCGUGAGCGGCCAGAGAGCAGUUCUGCAGGUGUUCACGGCCGCCGCCUGGAGGACCCUGUGUUCCGAGGACUGGGAGGACCAGUAUGGCAGCAUUGCCUGUGCCCAGCUGGGCUACUCGAGCUACACCGGCUCGGCGCCCCUGCGGCUGGAUCUGCUGGAGGAGCGGUUCCAGCAGGACUUUGCUGCCAUAAACCACCUGCUGCCUGCAGAGAAGGUGGCCGCCCUGCACCACUCGGUGUACGCCAGGGAGGGGUGUCCCUCAGGCCGUGUGGUCACGCUGAAGUGCACAGUCUGCGGCUUGAGAAGGGGCUCCAGCCCCCGCAUCGUGGGGGGGAACGCGUCCUCCCUGGCACAGUGGCCCUGGCAGGCCAGCCUGCAGUACCAGGGCUACCACCUGUGUGGGGGCUCCAUCAUCACCCCCGUGUGGAUCGUCACGGCUGCCCACUGCGUGUACGACCUUUACGUCCCCAAGUCCUGGACGGUCCAGGUGGGGCUGGUCUCCCUGCUGGACAGCCCGGCGCCCUCGCACCUGGUGGACAGAAUCAUCUACCACAGCAAAUACAGGCCCAAGCGGCUGGGGAAUGACGUCGCCCUCAUGAAGCUGGCAGAGCCGCUGGCCUUCAACGGGACUCCAGCUCUGGGGGUGACUGUUUCUGGGGACGGACGUUGCCGCCACGGCUACACCGGGCCAGCCCUGAACUGA